AUGGCUUUCGACUAUCUUGUAAGCCUACCGUCAUCAGCAGUAGAAGAGAAGUUUAUCAUGCAGUACAGGGAACCAUUGGCUGCAUCAACGAAAUCGAAACUAUUUGGACCCGUAAUUCCUGACGUCACUAUCUGUCCGGAAAACACAACGGCGUGUCGCCGUCUUUUAGUAAAUACAAAAGUGGCCGUAGAGGUGUCGGAUGCAGGAACCGGCAAGUUCGAUAUCGAUGGUUUGGGUCUUCACGACUUUCGACAUCUUAUUGCCAGGUUGGCUAGAUUGCAAGCAUUACUAUACAUUUCUUUCCCUUCCAAUCUCUUCUCGUACUGUUGA